AUGGCAAUAAAACUAGUAACGAGGAGGCGUCGGGUAAUCGCAGUCAAACGGGGUGUCAUCAGCGUGAUGGAGGGGAGACGGCUGCGUCGGCCAGGUGCGAGGUCGCGGGGGCCGGGGCGGGGGCUGCGGGCUCCGGGGCGCGUGCGUAACGGUCGCGGCACGAGCUGCGCCUGCGCAGGGGACGUGCGCUAUGCCGUGGCGGAAAUAGCCAUGGACAGGGGCGCCGCGGGCAGCCAGGCAGCGUUUCGUACGGCCGCUGGGGAGAGCGGACCAACAGCGCCAGGCGAACUCAUAGUUGCACCACUUGCACCCGAACACCGGCACCGAUAUCGGAAUUCUAUAAAUCUAUACGCCGGAUAUAGUGGUAUGACCGGAAACACUUGUUUGUCCGCUGUGCAGAAGCAAAUCGUGUGCGCGAUCGCAGCCGGAUGCCGGCACCCUUCGGAGGGCAUGCCUUCACAAAGGUAUUUAGUCUAUUUAAAGACAUCCUGCUUAGUGCGGGGGCCCAAGUCUUCUCGCACGUGCGUCAAGUGUCCUAUGCUCGCCGACCUGUCAAUUACUGUCACCCUCGCGGCUCAGCCAUCUUCGCGAGCGCCAACGUCUCAGCUGAUAAACUAA